AGAGGAACAGCUAGUUACCAAGGAGACUCCCUGAUGAAUCAGAGACUGACUGGUAUAAGAUCUAGACACAUUGUAUCUUCUUAAUUCAUGAGCCCUUACAUUUUAAACAGGGGGGGAAAGAUCCUAUCACAACCAACUGUGGACCAUGCAUUUCUCCUGCCAAUGAGGACAGUUUUUAUUUUUGCCACAGAAGCAAAUUAGCAAGUGCAUCUUGUGUGGAAUCAGUUAACAGAUUUAGACAAAUGGGGGAAUUUCUCUGGAGCACUCUUGAUUCAGAAAAACAAAUACCAUCCAAGGACGAAGGGCUCCAGAUGGAGGCGACAGAAGAAAAGACUUAAAAGCCCCUAUUUCCAUACAGGAAUGAACAAGAAGAUGCAGUGUCAAGUGAGUACUGGAGAAGCAUCUGCAUAUCUGCUUUGCUGCAGCCUUGGUAUUUCUAAAAGUAAAGGUUGUGUCAGAAGAAAAGGUGUUUUCUUCCUAUUUAUCUCUGCAUGUCUGGCAUUGAACUGAAUGGAUCAGGAUUCUAACUUCCACAAAACCAGUUCAAAAUUGGCUGAAUGCAGAAGCUAGACUAUAUUCAGCAUCAACAGCUUUCGUCAAUAAUCCUAAUGCGUCAAUACCAUUGUCCAAAGUAUUGUCAAUAAGCCUUGGUUUUGUUUCUGACUUGUCCACAGUUUUUCUCCAAGUACCAGGCGAAUGUGAUGAAUUUUGCAAAGUGACAUAAAAUGCACUUAUCCAGUACAAACCUGAAGUUUCCUGCUGUUAAUGGGAAUUACCAUAAUGUCCAUGAAACAUGUGAACAGUUCAGUCAGCCGAAGAUGUGUAAACAGAGCAGAUGAGAAGAGGAGUUUUAAAAAACGUGGCAAAAAUAAGGAGCUCUGUAAAAUAAAGUUUACAUGUGGGAAGCUCAGCUCUUUUAGACUUACUUUAUUCAACAGAGGGUCUCCUUACCCCGCGACUUCUGACUGCUCAUUUUAGGAAAAUUACUGAACACGUCGGUAUUUUUCCUUUCCACUUAAAAAAAAUAAUAAUUAAACACCUUUGGAACUGUAAGAAAAGUGAAAAAUAUUCCAAGACAGACAUCGAGAGACAAGAUUUAUGGAAAUCUCCCUCUUGAAAAUAAGCUAUUUUCUCAAAGGUGAAAACUACAGAAGUAUGUAAAUUAAAGGAAAAAUCUUUUUUUCGGAUCCAGUUGAAAUCUCCAUACUGGGAACAGAGAGUCCACUGUUGCUAAGGUCCUUCCGUCAUCCCUCCAAGACCUCCACAGUAAGGAAAGGCACCACUGGGCAAUCCUCUAAGAUGUUUAUUUGGACCAGUGGCCGGACCUCCACAUCUUACAGACAUGACGAGAAAAGAAAUAUUUACCAAAAAAUCAGGGAUCACGAUCUACUGGACAAAAGGAAAACAGUCACAGCUCUGAAAGCAGGAGAAGAUCGGGCCAUACUCCUAGGACUGACUAUGAUGGUGUGCUCCAUUAUGAUGUACUUCCUCCUGGGAAUUACGCUGCUGCGGUCAUACAUGCAGAGUGUUUGGACAGAAGAGGCUCAGUGCACACUCCUCAAUGCAUCGAUCACAGAAGCAUUUAACUGCUCAUUUAGCUGUGGUCCAGACUGCUGGAAAAUCUCUCAGUACCCCUGUCUACAGGUGUACGUUAACUUAACUUCUUCUGGGCAAAAGCUCCUACUUUACCACACUGAAGAGACGAUGAAAAUUAAUUCUGAGUGUUCCUACAUCCCCAAGUGUGGCAAGAACUACGAAGAGUCCAUGUCACUUGUGAGUGUUGUAAUGGAAAAUUUCAGGAAGUACCAGCGCUUCUCAUGCUUUUACGACCCAGAAGGCAUUCAGAAGAAUGUGAUAUUAACCAAACUUUACAGUUCCAACGUGCUGUUCCACUCACUUUUCUGGCCAACAUGCAUGAUGAUUGGGGGGGUUGCCAUCGUUGCCAUGGUAAAGCUGACUCAGUACCUCUCCCUCCUCUGUGAGAGAAUCCAAAGGAUCAACAGAUAAAAGCAAAAACUUCUCUGAGAUGUAUUUCAGCUAAAAUACUGUUUUUUCAUUCUUCACCAAAGAACCUUAAGUUUGUAACGUGCAAGUCUGUUAUAAGUUCCUUACUAUAUUCUUAUAAGUAGAGCAAUAAUGCAAAAGCUGUUCUAUAUGCAAACAUGAUGUUAUUAUUAUGCAGACAACAGGAAAAAAAAUACUGUUUGUGUUGGUUGUCUAAUCUGAUCUCAUUUUAUGCUGGAACUAGUACUUCUUUCUUUUCUACAGCCAAAAUAGGGCUCGGUGUGACCAUUUGCCAAGCUUUGUCAAUGAACACAUCAACAUUUCAGUGUAACAUUCUGGGAGAAAUUCACCCCUGUGCAGAGGGCUAGCAAAAGGCCUGGGCAUCAUUUAUGUCCCAUUUAAUCCUCAGGGCAUGCAACGGGUGGCUUUGGAGGGAAUGAGGGGAACAAAAGUAUAGAACCAAUGUCUUUUUAUGGUAAGAGGGUAUAGAAUGGAUGCAUAUACGAUUGACAGCUUAAGUGGGACUUGCAUGUUACUUGUGCUGGCUCUCCCUGCAAAGGGGAAAAUUUCACCCUUUGGUGUUUUAGGUCUUUUGUAAAACACCUUGGAGAUGGAUAUUUGCAAUAUGUUUUCCUCACAUCACAUCAUCUACAGAAGCUACAGCCAAAAACAAAGAAAAUUCAACCAAUUUCAUUUUCUACUCCAAGCUGAGCCCUAUUGCUGGAGAUGGGACCAGACACCUUAUGUAAAGGUUUAUUACACAUUUGUCUUGUAUUUGCUACCAUAUCACUGUAAAGAAAAACAAAAACACAA